AUGGUGGACCGGAUACGAUACGAUGGUAAGGUGGCCCAGGAACGGCAUAAUGGAAAGGUGGCCCGGAUACGGCACGAUGGUAAGGUGGCCCGGGAACGGCAUAAUGGAAAGGUGGCCCGGAUACGGCACGAUGAUAAGGUGGCCCGGAUACUGCACGAUGGUAAGGUGGCCCGAGUACGGCACGAUGUUAAGGUGGCCCGGAAGCGGUACGGUGUUAAGGUGGCCCGGGUACGGCACAGUUGUAAGGUCACCAGGGUACGGCAUAAUGGUAAGGUGGCCCGGGAACGGCAUGAUGGUAAGGUGACCCAGAUACGGCAUGGUGUUAAGGUGACCCGGAUAUGUCACGAUGGAAAGGUUGGCAGGAUAUGUCACAAUGGUAAGGUGACCCGGAUACGGUACGAUGGUAAGGUGGCCCGGUAA